CCGACGUCAGCAGCCGAAUGGCAACAUUGUGGCGAUGCUGAGGCUUAGAGUUUAGAAGACGAAUCCAUCCGUCAGGCCGAUCCUGGGCAUUCGGCAGCAGGAGGAGCAGAGACAGGGAGAUCGGCCUGGGCGAGCUGCGGGGACGCACACACCGCCAGCCGGACCCCGCGGGACCGCGCCUCCUCGGCAGAGCGCGGCAUACGCAGCCCCACGGCCUCGCGUGGGGGGCGGCGGGCGGCCGCGAGGCGCUGCCGCAGCGCGGGGCUUGUAAACAGAUCCGGCCGCACGUGACCAUGUGAACUACCUGCUCCUGGGACGCGUAUUGUCCUUCCCGAGAGCAGCGCCACAAAGGAGCUCAGCGGUCCGAGUGUGGGGGGACCGGCGAGCGAGCGCGGAGAGCCGGCCGGCGCGCUAAGAUGGCUGAAGGCGCCCGGCGAGGGUGAGCGGGGGGCGCGGCGCAGCCAGCCGGGGAGUCCUCGGGCGGGCAGGGCCGGCGGCCCUCCUCCGCGGCCCCAAGCCGGAGCCACCAUGUCGUUCGCGCUGGAGGAGACGCUCGAGUCGGACUGGGUGGCUGUGCGGCCCCAUGUGUUCGACGAGCGCGAGAAGCACAAGUUUGUGUUUAUUGUGGCCUGGAACGAGAUCGAGGGCAAGUUUGCUAUAACCUGCCACAACCGGACGGCCCAGAGGCAGAGAAGCGGCUCCCGGGAGCAGGCCGGGGCGCGGGGGGGCGCCGAGGCCGGCGGACCUGCGUCGGACGCGAGCCGCGGGCCGGGCAGCCCGGCGGGCAAGGGCCGGCCCGAGGCCAUUGCCUCUGCGACUCCCGUCAAGAGCCCCGGGCCCCGGCGGAACCCGGCCUGGGCAGAGGGCGGCUCUCCGCGGAGUACGCGAAGCUUUCGGGGAGACCCGUUGCUGCGGACUCCGGGCGGGAAAGGAGGGGAGAGUUCUCUCAGAAGCCCCGUGCGGGCCAAGCCCAGCCCGGCCCGGAGAGCAUCUGAAGCCAGGGAUGCAGCGGGGACUGCCGCUGCGGCAGCCCGGCCAGCAUCCAGAGAAGCUCCGGUGUCCUCCGUGCGGGUAGUGAGCGCCUCUGGGGCCGUCUCCGAGGAGAUCGAGGUGCUGGAAAUGGUGAGGGAGGACGAGGCGCCCCUGGCGGACGCGGAGCAGCCGCCGCCCGCCGCCGAGCUGGAGUCUCCCGCCGAAGAGUGCAGCUGGGCCGGACUCUUCUCCUUUCAGGACCUGCGCGCCGUGCACCAGCAGCUGUGCUCCGUGAACUCGCAGCUGGAGCCGUGCCUGCCGGUGUUCCCAGAGGAACCCUCGGGCAUGUGGACUGUGCUGUUCGGGGGCGCCCCCGAGAUGACCGAGCAGGAGAUAGACACCUUGUGUUACCAGCUCCAGGUCUACCUGGGCCACGGCCUGGACACCUGCGGCUGGAAGAUCCUCUCCCAGGUGCUCUUCACCGAGACCGACGAUCCCGAGGAGUAUUAUGAAAGCCUCAGCGAGCUGAGGCAGAAGGGCUACGAAGAAGUGCUUCAGCGGGCUAGGAAGCGCAUCCAGGAGCUCUUGGAUAAGCACAAGAAUAUAGAGAGCAUGGUGGAGCUUCUGGACUUGUAUCAGAUGGAAGACGAAGCCUACAGCAGCCUCGCGGAAGCUACAACUGAGCUCUAUCAGUAUUUACUACAGCCAUUCCGAGACAUGAGAGAACUUGCCAUGCUACGAAGACAGCAGAUCAAGAUUAGCCUAGAAACUGUGUACGAUCGAAUGCGAGCAGAUCAGAAGAAAUUUGGUAAAGCAUCAUGGGCAGCAGCUGCUGAACGUAUGGAAAAACUCCAGUAUGCAGUUUCUAAGGAGACUUUGCAGAUGAUGAGAGCUAAAGAGAUCUGCUUGGAACAGAGGAAACAUGCACUGAAGGAAGAGAUGCAGAGUUUGCAGGGUGGUACAGAAGCUAUAGCCCGAUUGGAUCAGUUAGAAGCUGAUUAUUAUGAUCUGCAACUUCAGUUGUAUGAAGUACAGUUUGAAAUCUUGAAGUGUGAAGAGCUACUAUUGACAGCACAACUAGAAAGCAUCAAAAGACUUAUAUCGGAAAAGAGAGAUGAAGUGGUGUACUAUGACACUUACGAAAGUAUGGAGGCAAUGCUGGAGAAGGAGGAGAUGGCAGCGUCUGUGUACUUACAGAGAGAAGAGCUGCAGAAACUUCAGCAGAAAGCACGCCAGCUGGAAGCAAGACGAGGACGGGUUUCAGCUAAAAAAGCAUACCUCAGAAAUAAAAAGGAAAUUUGUAUUGCAAAACACAAUGAAAAAUUCCAACAGCGCACUCGGAGUGAAGAUGAAUAUAGAACUCAUCAUACAGUACAACUAAAAAGAGAAAAAUUACAUGAUGAAGAAGAAAGAAAAAGUGCCUGGGUUAGCCAAGAGAGACAGAGAACGCUGGAUAGACUUAGAACGUUUAAACAGAGGUAUCCUGGGCAAGUUAUACUUAAAUCAACCAGAUUACGACUGACUCAUGCAAGAAGAAAAAGUGUAUUAAGUCCUGUUCCCCGCGAGGAUCAGUGUGACUCUCUACCAGGAGUGUUACAAGUAGAAGAGAAAACUGACGAAGUCGGAGAAGGAAGAAGCAAGCUUGGGUCACCACAGACAACAAAACCCCAGAGCCUUGCACAACUUGAAGACUCCUCAUUAGCACAACUUGAAGCCACUUCAUUACCUCUCAGUGGUGUUACCUCUGAACUGCCUCCCACUGUAUCUCUUCCACUUAUGAAUAACAACCUUGAACCAUGUUCUGUUACCAUAGAUCCACUCCCACCACCUCGUCCUCCAACGCCACCUCCUCCCCCGCCGCCACCUCCUCCCCCACCGCCCCCACCUCUACCUGUUGCUAAGGACAGUGCCCCAGAGACACUGGAGAAAGAUCUGCCUAGAAAGGAGGGGACUGAGAAGAGGAUCCCAAAGUCUGCCAGUGCCCCUUCAGCACACCUCUUUGACAGCAGCCAGCUGGUCAGUGCCCGGAAGAAGCUCAGAAAGACAGCUGAAGGUUUGCAAAGGAGGAGAGUGAGCUCACCCAUGGAUGAGGUGCUAGCUUCCUUGAAGCGUGGUAGUUUUCACCUGAAAAAGGUUGAACAGCGAACUCUGCCUCCUUUUCCUGAUGAAGAUGAUAGUAAUAAUAUCUUGGCACAGAUAAGAAAAGGGGUAAAAUUGAAGAAGGUACAGAAAGAGGUGUUGAGAGAAUCAUUCACACUUCUGCCCGAUACAGACCCUCUCACACGCAGCAUCCAUGAAGCUCUUAGAAGAAUUAAAGAAGCAUCCCCCGAGUCAGAGGAUGAAGAGGAGGCUUUGCCUUGCACAGACUGGGAGAACUAACAAGCAACAAAAAGAAGAAAAAUACCUACAGUUGAAGAUCGGUUCUG